AUGAAAAUGAAUCUGAAGUCUAGCACGUGCCGCAGCUUCGUACGCGUGCGCCCCUUCACGCCGUGGGAGGCGAAUGUGUCCCCCGAAGGCUGCAGUAUUCCCCGUGGCAUUCUUGUAUGGGACGGCAACAACGUCAUCUCUGUCCUCGAUCCGCAAAACCUCUUUGAAGUUCGCCAAAACGGCAUCUUUUCGGUUGGCGAGGUGCUUUGGUCCUUUACGGAGCCGGCGGAUGAGACGGUCAAGUCGGCGAAUAAGCAGAGGCCUGCCACUCAGCAGGAUGUCUACAACCGCGUCGUAGCUCCGAUGAUCUCGGUGAUUGUUGAGGGCUACAGCACCGCUUUCUGCGUUGCCGGUGCAAGCAGCAGCGGCCGCUUUUAUACACUCUAUGGCGGCGAGGCCGAAGGCCCCAACCGCGGCAUUCUGCCUCGCUUUGCUGAGGAUAUCUUCACCUACUUUAAGAAGAAUUCGCAAGCCAACAGCACUCUCAACGUGGAACUGGAGGCGGUGGACAUCUCCGGUGAGACUUACGUUGACCUCCUUGCCAUAGGGCGUAACGGCAGCAACAACCAGGCUGGCGCGGACUCACUGAAGCUACACUCGACCCCCAGCGGGCCACGGCUGGUGGGCGUGAACAGCGUCGACGUAGAGAGCGCGUCAGAGCUGCUGAAGGUGAUUCAGAAGCUCCACGGCAUUGUGGAAAAGCGCAACUGCACUCACACCGUCUCUUUGCGCUUCACCGAGACGCUCGAGUUCGAGGACCCUGAGGACGCGAACCAGUCCGUGAGUAAGUCGCGUCAUGUUCAGGUGCUGUUUGUGCUUCUGCGCAACAUGCCAUCGGCCUUCCAGCGCUGCCUCGAUGUCGCCGUGUCCCAUGACAGCGGGGAGAAUCCGCUCGCGAAGGUGCCGGUGCGAGAGUGUGCCUUCACGAGGUUGUUCCCGUCACUGCUGCAGCAGGGGUUUCAUUUGAGCGUAAUCUCGUGCGUCAGUCCGUACUACGAGCAUAUGCGAGAGGACCUCAACACGCUUCAGUUUAGCAUCAAGGUAAGGAAACUGAAGGGCAACCCACAGCUGCUCCAAGAUAAAAGCUUCGUGGAGAUGCGCCGACUGGCGGACGAGGUAAAGGACCUGCGGGUGCAGGAGAAGAAGACCCAUGAGGCGGUGGCGGUUGUGCAGAACGAGCUGAACGCGCGCGAGGUGGAGCUAAUGAAGCAGGAGGCUAAUUAUAACAAAGCUCUGAAGAACAUCACUGAGUCGCAGCGCCAGGUGAAGCUGGCGACAAUUGGCCGCAACAUGGAGGCCGAACGCUCAAACUGUGUGCGCAAGGAGAUCCACAAGGAGCUUAACCAAAAGCGGGCGGAGAUCAAAAAUUUUCAGGAGCAGCAGGCGUCGGCCAGCAUUACAAAGUGUAAACUGAUGCGCGAAGCCGACGAUGCGAAGGUGCGCGCUGACGAGAUGGAGGCCAGGGUGAGGAUGCAGAAAGAGAAUGCUCGUAUCUACGAAAAGCGCCUCAACGAGUACAGCAAGGAAGACAAGGAAACAGCGAAGAUCGAGGCCUUCAACAUUGCUCAUCCUGACGAGCAGCGGAACAUCAUUAUCAACGAGUCUGACGAGAAGAGGAAUGCAGAUUUUGAGAUAAAGAAAAUUGAGAUGGAGCGCUCAAGUGCCAGGGCGUCCUACAAAGUUGACGAUCGUAUACGUGCGAUUCAAGAAGAAUACGAUCUCGCCUAUAACUUGUGUGCCCCGUGUCGUGAGAGGAAGAAGCUGGAAGAGGAGAUUGCCAAAUAUGAGAAAGAGAUAUCCGAGAUGGAGGAGGAGAUUCCUCGCCUGCAAGCGGCAAUCGACAGGAACAAGAUACAGUGUAAGUGCAUCCUCAUGUAG